CGCCGGGCGUCUGUGACCGAGUCUCCCGGUGCUUCACUGAGGCCGAACCCUGGCCCCCCGCCUGCCCCGCUCCAGAUGAAGUGUGAGCACUGCACGCGGAAGGAAUGUAGUAAGAAAACAAAAACCGAGGACCAAGAGAAUGCUUCAGUUGAUGUACCAAGUCUGGCUCAGGAGAAUGGAGAGAAGGGAGAAUUCCAUAAGUUGGCUGAUGCCAAGAUAUUUCUGAGUGACUGCCUGGCGUGUGACAGCUGUGUGACUGCUGAGGAAGGGCUCCAGGUUUCCCAGCAGAAUGCCAAGGACUUCUUCCGCGUUCUGAACCUUAAUAAGAAGUGUGAUACCUCACAGCACAAGGUGCUGGUAGUGUCGGUGUGUCCUCAGUCUUUGCCUUAUUUUGCUGCCAAAUUCCGCCUCAGUGUGACUGAUGCAUCUAGAAGACUCUGCGGCUUCCUCAAAAGUCUGGGGGUGCACUAUGUCUUCGAUACAACAAUAGCAGCGGAUUUCAGCAUCCUGGAGAGUCAGAAAGAAUUCGUGCGUCGAUACCAGCAGCACAGCGAGGAAGAGCCAGCGCUGCCCAUGCUCACCUCCGCCUGUCCAGGCUGGGUCCGAUACGCCGAACGGGUGCUGGGCCACCCUGUUACCCCCCACCUCUGCACCGCCAAGUCUCCCCAACAGAUCAUGGGCUCUCUGGUAAAGGAUUACUUCGCCAGACGGCAGAACCUGUCCCCCGACAAGAUUUUCCAUGUUAUUGUGGCUCCUUGCUACGAUAAGAAACUGGAGGCCCUUCGAGAAGACUUUCCCACAGCUUCCCACGGCUCCCGGGGUGCUGACUGCGUACUAACCUCAGGUGAAAUCGUUCAGAUAAUGGAGCAAAGUGACCUGGCAGUGAAAGACGCUGCCGUUGACACUCUGUUUGGAGGCCCGAAGGAGGAAGAGGUGAGGCGCCAUGACGGAGCCAGCUCCGACGGGUACCUGGCGCACGUCUUCAGACACGCGGCCAAGCAGCUGUUUGACGAGGACGUGGGCGAGGUCACCUACCGCACCCUGAGAAACAAAGACUUCCAGGAGGUCACCCUUGAAAAGAAUGGGGAGGUUCUGUUACGCUUCGCUGCUGCGUACGGCUUUCGAAACAUCCAGAAUGUAGUUCUGAAACUGAAGAAGGGCAGGUUCCCGUACCACUUCGUGGAGGUGCUCGCCUGCCCCGGGGGGUGUUUAAACGGCAGAGGCCAAGCCCAGACCGAGGAUGGGCGUGCAGACAAGGCACUGCUGCGGCAGAUGGAAGGCAUCUACGCGGACAUCCCUGUGCGGCCCCCUGAGACCAGUGCCCAUGUGCAGGAGCUGUACCAGGAGUGGCUGGACGGGGCCGACUCCCCCAGAGUCCAGGAGGCCCUGCACACCAUGUACGAGGGCCCAGGGCUCCCUGCGGUCAGCCGAGACAUCAAGUGCUCAUCUUGGGUCAUGGCCACCUUCGUCCUGACUCCAGCCAAACGUGCAGAGAAGAGGGGGCGGCCCCAUGGCCAGGCUGGGCUGAUGCCUACAGCGUGUCUGCUAGUGAGCAGGGGGUCCCAGUGUGAGAAGGACAGGCGGCCUGGGGACAAGGAAGGAGGCCCCAGCGCCUUGACAGCGGCCGACUGUAAACCGCGGUGGCGGCCGUGGGGGCGCGGCGGCGACGGCCAGCCACCCGAAAGGCAGGCGACCUCGCUGACGCUUUCCCCGCAGGAGACGCGCGAGGCCACGUCGGAACAGAUCCUAACUCCGGACCUGGACUCGUGUACGCUCCCUUCAGGACCCCACCGUCCCUGCAGCCCGCGCGACGCCGCUUGUGCUCACGGCACGCGCGUCACGGUGAGGGCCAGGCAGCGAGCCCAGGAAGGGGCGUCCGAGCCCAUCGCGGGACCGUCCUGCGAGCGAGGGUACAGGGGCAAGGCCAGUGAGCUCGCCCAGUCGCCGAUGAGGGGCACGCGCCGCUGGCGGCGCUAA